AUGUCUCAAACAACAUUCACGCUCGUCUCCCUCGGCUCCCACAGCACCCAGUCCCUCCUUGACUCCGUCAAAGCCUCCCCCAUCAAAGACAACCUCCUCUAUCUCGGCAAAUGCCACCAUUGGAUCCACCAACCUCACCUCUCCACGGCCGCUCUCAACGGCACAGGCCCUCAACUCCAACAAUGGGACUACCUCAUCAUCACCAAAACCCCAAACCAACCCUCCCUCACCAACACCGUCGAAAAGACCUGGUCCAUCACCGCCGCAAGCUCAGAGGACCUCAUCGCCUCCCUCCCCUCAGCCAAAGCCCGCCGCGCAGCAGCAGAUCCCGCCCCCCUUCCACCAGGCUGGAGUCCCCAAGACCACAGCGCCCUCGACGCCGCCAUCUCCCCACCGGACUUGGAACUCUCCUUGUCCGGGACCUCGCAACCCAUGGGCUCUACCUCCGACUCCCCACCUCUACCCCUGAGAGACUUCAUCCGCACCUUCGGCACCUCCCACCCAGGCCCCAUCGCCAUGUUCAACCUCCUCAGCUACCUCCCCGAGCAACGUCCCCGCUACUUGCAGUACGUCGCGGCGUUCCAGGAAUCCGUAGGGAUCAAGUACGGCGGGGAGCCAGUGGUGCUGGGGUUUGGGGUGCAUGAUUGGAGUAGUCGGAAGGAGGAGGAGGGGAAGGAGGAAGGGGGUUGGGAGGAUACGGCGUUGAUUUAUUAUCCUAGUGUGUGGCAUUUUGGGAAGAUGGCGGAUGAUGAGGCGUAUGUGGAGGUUGAUCGGAAGUUUAAGCAGGGGGUUUUGAGGGAUAACCCGUUGAUGUGUUGCACGGAGGUGGAGAUUGAGUAG